AUGGCAAGCCAAAAGACAUUGCUUUCCGAGCUUCGUGCUCGCAGUGCUGUUGAUUGUGACACCCUGGAUGUGGAAGUUGCUCAGGCCUUGGGACCUUUUGUUGAUUGCACAUCGAACCAGGCCAUUGUCAACAUUGAACUGCAAAAACCAAAGAAUGAACCUCUUAUCAUCGAGUCCAUCCAACAAGCCAAGCAGUUGUACACUCAAUAUGCCUCUGAAGCCACCUUUGAACAGUUCGCCACUGAAGUCAUGACAAAUCCCUACAACGCCUACUCGACCUCCGCCACCAUCGCCAAUGCUAAACGCAUCAUUGCCAUUUACAAACAAGUCCUGCCCGAACACCCGAGCAAUCGUGUCUGCAUCAAAAUCCCGAGUACCUGGGAAGGCAUCGCUGCUUGCAAGGAGCUUGAACAGCAAGGUAUUGUCACUCUAGCCACUACUUUGUUUUCUCUGGAGCAGGCUGCUGCUGCACACGCGGCUGGCUGCAGUUACAUCGCGCCCCACAUCGACAACGACAAAGGCUUUGCCCUCACCCGCUCUUGCCAAAACUUUUACGCAAGGAUUGGGUCAAAGACUUUGGUCAUGCCUGCCUCGCUGACUUCUGUGGAAGAGUGCUUGCGAGUCGCCGGCGCACACCACAUUACCAUUUCACCUCCUCUGCUUGCUGCUCUUGCCGCUACUCCUUCUUCUUCUUCUGCUGCUCCCUCCAUCUUUGACGAGUCCGACACUGCAGCAGAGGCUGUCAAUGAUGCACAGCUCUUGGAAACGGUCAAGGAUGAAGCUAGCUACAGGAUCAGGUAUACGCGUCUGAAGAAUGGUGUCCAAGAGAAGAAAAUCGUGGAUGCAAUCAACAUUUUUGCGGAUUGUCAAGAUCAAACUGAGGAGUUGGUGGUGAGGUACAGCAAGUGA